UUCUAGAGUUUGAUGGGCCCCUGAUCAGCUCCAGGGAGCAGGGCAAAGAGAAGCACAGUUAUUUUGUGAACUGGUAAUGGAAAGAUAACUUUGACUUUGUUUUUCUUUUCUACUUCAUCCCCAUCACAAGGACAGAGCAAGAGGCAUCGUAAGGGUGCAGGAGACAAGGGACAGCCUGCUCCCUUCCAACCAGCCACCCCUUCACCAGUCUGGAGUACGGGGUGUGUGAGGCCAGAUUUGCCUUUUAGGAGCAGAGGCCCGGCCAUGUCCUUGAUACUCUUCGGAACCCUCCAGGGGCACCUCACACAGUCCACAUGCCUCACCCUGGCCUCCCAGGUCCUGUGCAGCCUGAGCCAAACUUGUCUUCCAGCUCCAUCUCACGUGCUCCCUGCUCAAAACCCCACACCUGUCAGUUCCCACUUUCAUUUCUUCAGCCAGUCAUUCAGCAGGUUUCUUGGUUACUCCCCACAUGCUGGCACCUGAGGUCAUGAUGGUUAGCAAAACAGACACUAUUCCUGCACUCACUGGGGACAUGUCUAGUAGGGAAUGACAGGUAAGUAAAUAAAGGACAAUUAAGUACACUGCAGUAUGAACAGUUGUGGGAGAAGCACAGCUGGCGUGGGUAUACCAAACAGUCUCCUAAACCAGCCUGCUGGUCAGGGAGGGCUUCCUGGAGGAGGUGUCGACUCAGUUGAAGAAUGUGAAGCUGGGAAGUGGUAAAUAUUCCAGGCAGGGGGACUCAGGAUUCAAAAACCAGAAGGGCAGAGUGGAGUGCAGAGCCUGUAGAACUGAACGCCACUGACUGAUUGGAGGGCAGGGUGCCAAUGGCAAAUGCCUGGCCUGGUGUGGAUGGCAGGGGCUUUGUGAGCUUUGUGAAGGAGGGUGGCAUCACCUGAAAGGCCUUUACCCUUCCUCCCUGUUCACUCAAAUCCUGCCUCCCCUAGCAGGGUCUGGCCAUGUUGGGCAGGCCUGCCUGGGCCAGAUAUUCAAGCCUUUGAAGGAGAAUGAACAGGGGCUUUGGGGGCUCCAACCCGGGACCAAGGGAUAGAGGCUCACCUGAGCGCAGUUUAAGCAGGUGAAGCGUCUCCCCGGAAACGGAGCUGGAGCGCCCCACCUGCCCGGUCCUGUCUGCUCGGAUCAGAUCCAGCCCAUCCAGGCCUCUCCUCCCCCCAGGAACCAGCAGUGACAGCUGAGGCCAUGUGAGUAGGUCCUGAAUGAGGCUUUAUCUCUGGCUGUUCGUCCCAUCGUCCACCGUGGCACCAGCUCCCUUGGCCAGCCGGGAUGGGACAGGCGACUGGGAGAGCCAGAGCCAGAGAGGUGAUGGGGACCACAGCCUGCACUGCAAGAGGAACGGGACUCUGGGCCUGUAGCUACCAAGCAGGUCGUGGGGGCACCAGGCCAUGAACUGCACCCUCUGACCCCUGACUCUGCCCUCUGCCCUGACGGCUGCCUGAGCACGCCAUGUCUGAACAGGCGGCCCAAGCCCGGGGGUCGCAGGGGCUGCCCCCGGAUGUGCUGGCGGAGCAGGUGGAGCUGUGGUGGUCCCAGCAGCCGCGGCGCUCGGCGCUCUGCUUCGCCGUGGCUGUGUGCCUCGUGGCGGGCUGUGGGGCAGGUGGCGUGGUCCUGCUGUCGUCCACCAGCAGCCGCUCGGGCGAGUGGCGCCUAGCGACCGGCACCGUGCUCUGCCUGCUGGCCCUGCUGGUUCUGGUCAAGCAGCUGAUGAGCUCGGCCGUGCAGGACAUGAACUGCAUACGCCAGGCCCACCAUGUGGCCCUGCUGCGCAGCGGCGGAGGGGCUGAUGCCCUCGUGGUGCUGCUCAGCGGCCUGGUGCUGCUGGUCACCGGCCUGACCCUGGCGGGACUGGCCGCUGCCCCAGCCCCUGCUCGGCCCCUGGCUGCCAUGCUGUCGGUGGGCAUCACUCUGGCUGCCUUGGGCUCGCUCUUGCUGCUGGGCUUGCUGCUGUAUCAGGUGGGCGUGAGCGGACACUGCGCCUCCAUCUGUACAGCCGCCCCCACCCACGGGGGCCACGGCGGCAAUGGCAGCAUCUUCAGCAUCUCAGGACAGUUGUCAGCUGGCCAGCGUCACGAGACCACAUCCAGCAUUGCCAACCUCAUCUGACAGAGCCAGAGCCCUUCCCCCCACCUGCCUCAGCGACCCCAGAAUCGUGCCAGGUGUGUGUGUGUGUGGUGCAUGUGUGCAUACGUGUGUGGCUAGGCGUGCCCAGGGUGCGGCAGCCCUUGGUGGGACUGUGUAAUGUGUGAUUAAGAGCCCGCGUGCUCCCACACAUCUGCACCCCGGGAAGGGUAGUGUGUGCCUCCUUGGAAUUGAGUAUUUGUGUCCAUGGAACGGCCCUUCUGUGUCUGGGACCCCUGUUUCCAGCACCCCUCAAACCCUGUCCAGCAGCCACCAAGGAUUUCCACAGGGGUGACUAUUGCCCACUCGAGACGGCACAGGGACCACUCAUCGGGGAGAGUAACUGGUGGCAGAGUGGGAGGAACGGGGGCUCUGGAACAGGACAGACCUAGCACGGCCUCCCCCCGGAGCACUCCGCAGCUGGGGUUCUGGGGCAAGCGACCGAACCUCUCUAGCCGCAGGUGCUUGUGGUUAGUGGUUGUGGUCACAGACUGUGAGGAUGAAGCGUCAUGUGUGUGGAAGAACUGGACUCAUGCAGAUGUGCAAUAAAACGGUGGCUGCUACUGUCUUGUCAUCACCUCACCGUCUCACCCCAGAGACCCCCCCCCCCCGCCCCGGCCCCACCUGUCCAAAGUGAGCCCUUUGCUCCUGUCCCAGCCUUAUAAACAGCACCACAGAGGUCCCCUCAGCCAGGCCAGGCACUGGAGGGGAGCGGGCUGAGUAGAUGCUGAGCUUCGGGUAGGUGGAGGGUUUGCAGUCCCAGGGAGGUGGUGCAGGGACCUGAGUCCUUCGUGUUUGCUCCCUCACGGGUUCAGGACGAGGUCGUCAGUACUGGGCUGUCCGGAGCUGGUCUCUCUGAAGACUGCUCCUCCCUCUCACUGCGUCCCUUCAGCUGAUUCCCUGCAGCUCCCCACCCCACCCCUGAAACCAGCACGUCCUGUGUCUGUGCAGUGGCUGCACCAGCUGGCCCGCUUCUGGGCUCCUGGGCUGGUAAGAGUCACUUCCUGCUUGGAGUCAGCCGUGGAAGGGAGCUCCCCUUCUGUGGUGUGCAGUUACAUUUCCUGGGUGGCAACAAUAAAGUUCCACUGGAAGCAGUG